AUGGAGCUUAUUCCUGAUCUUCCCGAAACCAUAGCUCGCGAGUGUCUCUUACGCGCCUCAUACCAGCAAUUCCCUCUCAUCGCCUCCGUAUCCAAAAUCUGGCAGCGAGAAAUCAGCCUCUCUGAUUUUUUCCGACACCGGAAAACUUCAGGACAUAGCCAAGAGCUUCUUGUCUUGUCUCAAGCUCGGGUCGACCCGGUCCAAGAACUUGGAAAAACCAUCCCCACGCCUCUGUACCGGAUCUCGGUUCUUGAACUUGGGUCCGGUCUAUGGAUCGAGCUUCCUCCGGUUCCCGGUCAAUCCACUGGUUUGCCUCUGUUCUGCAGAUUAGCUUCUGUCGGGUCCGAUCUUGUCGUAUUGGGCGGGCUUGACCCGGUCACGUGGCGGACCUCUGAUUCCGUCUUCAUCUUCAGUUUCUUGACGUCCACGUGGCGAAACGGGACGAGCAUGCCAGGUGGACCCCGUUCCUUCUUCGCCUGCGCUUCGGAUUCUCAACGGAACGUGUUCGUGGCGGGAGGACACGACGAAGACAAGAACGCGCUUACGUCAGCUUUAGUUUAUGACGUGGCAGAAGAUAAAUGGGCUUUUUUGCCUGAUAUGGGCCGUGAGCGAGACGAAUGCACGGCUAUUUUCCACGCUGGCAAAUUCCACGUCAUCAGUGGUUACGCCACGGAGGAACAAGGUCAGUUCAGUAAAACCGCUGAAUCGUUCGAUGUCGCCACGUGGCGGUGGGGUAUACGAUCGGACGGGUUUCUCUCUACGGAGAUGUCUACGUGGCCUCCGAUCUGUGCAGCAGGCGAAAACGGAGAACUUUACGCUUGUUGUCGCCGUGAUCUGAUGGUGAUGAGAGACGACACGUGGCAUAAAGUUGACAAUCUACCUGCUGACGUGUGCAAUGUGUCUUACAUGGCGGUGAGGAGGUCAGGGAAGGUGGUCGUGAUCGGUUCGGCUCGGUACGGCGAACCAAGCGUAGGGUAUAAUUGGGAACUUAGCAAUUCUCGAUGGGUAAAAAUGGAAACUCAUGAAAAAUAUGGAGGCCAUAUUCAAGCUGGUUGUUUCUUGGAGAUUUAG